AUGAUCUCCGUUGGGGGCGCGUCUACACCUGACAACACAGUCAGCUGGAACUCUUUCAAUGCUGCUGCGGCGGCCGCCUUUGUCCAGGACUUCGGACUGGAUGGGAUUGACAUUGAUUUCCAGCCGGACAAGCCAGCUUGUGGAGUAUCCCCCACGACUGGCCUCAUGACCUGUGCCGUUGACGAGCAGUUCCAGAAUAUUGUCCUUCAGUACCGUUCUAGCCUGGCCGCCACGGGAUGCAAACUGCUGUCUGCAGCCCUGAGGAGCUCUGGCGCCUGGGGCCAAGCCCCCUAUGAGAACCUGGGGGUUGGAUCGCCACAGACAGGCCUGUCCAUAAACAUGCUGAAGGCGGUCGGAAGUAACCUUGACUUCAUCAACGUACUGAGCUACAACGGAGGUCCAGAUUUCAAUUACACUGCAGCCUACCAGGCUUACAAGUCCUUCUUUCCUGAUGGCCUGCAUGACGCUUGA